GGCGGACCCCCGCCGAUCCAAUUUUUCUCACCUUUUUUUUAACAUCCUCCUCCUCCUCCUCCACAUCACCCAAUUCUUAUGGCCAUCUUAUCCUCGUUUUAAACCGAAUGAUCUGCUCUGAAUAAAUAGAAGAAUACCAGAUCCCUUGAGAUCCUGCACCCCCCCAGCAUGUCCUCCCAAGAACAUCCCGCAGAUUCCAACUCCCUCGACGACAUCUUCGGCUCUUCUCCUCCUCAUGCAGACCACGACAAUGGGAUGACCGGAUCCUCCACGGAGACACGCGCAGACCGUACCCCCGAACCCUCGGAACUCCCCUCUCUCCGCCGCCAGCACGUCACAGCCGGGUACCGCGAUGGCAUCUCCACCUCGAAGGGCGAACACGUCCAGCGCGGUUUCGACGCGGGGUUCCCGAUCGGCGCGCAGCUAGGCAUGAGGGCCGGAACGGUUCUAGGGAUCCUGGAGGGCGUGCUUCGGGGCUACGAGAGCCGAGCCGGCUCCGGGGUGGUCAAGAAGCAGCGCGCCGGUGGGUCGUCGAUGCAGGAGGAAACGCCGGCAGAGCUGGAGAGACGACGCGUAACAAGGGAGGCGAUUCUCACGGUCUAUCGAGAGGCUGGGAAGGAGUUGAAAAAUGUGCAGGCGGUUUUUGCGGGGUUGGAGGAGCACCACCACCACCAUCCGCCGACUGGGGAGGAGGAGGAGGAGGAGGAGAAACCCGAGACUCAACUCGCGCGAAAGGGGGAGGCGGUGGUUUCCAAGUGGGAGGAGAGGGUACGGGUUGGGCAUUGGGAGGAGAAUAUGGAUCUCCUGGAGAUGAAGAGCGAGGGGGGGGCGGCGGAUGCGGAUGCGGAUCCGCGGGUUUUUCCCGAGCAGCCUUGA